AAGGCUGGAGGCGUGUGCUUCCAUCCGGGGACCGUACAGCUUCAUAGAGAUGCGGCGAAUCAGUUGUGCUGGCCGGUCGAGCAAAGUCAAGUAACCCGGGGGAGGGUCGCCAGUCCGAGCGGCGAGAGAGAGACUAAGGGGGGAGUUCGUCUUUGAGUUCCAAUGCGUCUUUCACAUGCUGUCCAACCAUGAGACAACUUCGCCGGACGCUUCUUCGACGCCGUACGAGCCACUCCUGAGCUCCGCGAAACGAUCUCUACAAGCAGCGGCGACGGUGGUGGGCAGGCGGGCGUUUGCGAGCGAGCAUGAAGAAGCCGAGCGCCCCGCUCCAUGCUGUCGCCGUGACCGGGAAAUGGUAGCGUACUGUGGGCACCGCAACUGGGAAGGAACAUGGUCGAGAGGAGCAGCAAAUUCUUGUUGAUCGUGGUCGGAUCUGUGUGUUUUAUGCUGAUUCUCUAUCAGUACGUGGCGCCCGGGGUCAUCAAUUUCGGAUCCCCGCACGGCUACUUCACGGAGGAGGACGAGGGGGACAUCUUCCCCACUCCGGACCCCCACUACGUCAAGAAAUAUUUCUUCCCGGUGAGAGACCUGGAGAGGACCAUCGAUUUCCAAAUCAAAGGAGAGGACGUGAUCGUAUUCCUGCACAUCCAGAAGACCGGCGGAACAACCUUCGGUCGGCACCUGGUGCAGAAUGUCCGUCUGGAGGUUCCCUGCGACUGCAGACCGGGCCAGAAGAAGUGUACCUGCUACCGGCCCAACCGCAAGGAGACCUGGCUCUUCUCCCGGUUCUCCACCGGCUGGAGUUGCGGCUUGCACGCCGACUGGACCGAGCUCACCAACUGUGUGCCGGGGGUCCUCAACAAGAAGGAGAGCAAGCAGAAGAACCUAAGGAAGUUCUACUACAUCACACUGCUGAGAGACCCUGUGUCCCGUUACCUCAGCGAGUGGAGGCACGUCCAACGCGGGGCCACAUGGAAGACCUCGCUGCACAUGUGCGAUGGACGCACACCCACGCCCGAGGAGCUGCCCUCCUGCUACGAGGGCUCCGAUUGGUCGGGAUGCACGCUGCAGCAGUUCAUGGACUGUCCCUACAACCUGGCCAACAAUAGACAGGUGCGCAUGUUGGCCGACCUGAGUCUGGUGGGCUGCUACAAUAUGUCCACCGUCCCCGAGAAGAAGCGGGCCCAGCUCCUCCUGGAGUCGGCCAAGAAGAAUCUGCGAGACAUGGCUUUCUUCGGCCUGACGGAGUACCAGAGGAAAACCCAGUUCCUCUUUGAGCGCACCUUCCGAUUGCGCUUCAUCAGACCCUUCAUGCAGUACAACAGCACCCGCGCUGCCGGCGUGGACCUGGACAAUGCUACGGUUCAGCGCAUAGAGGAGCUGAACGAGCUGGACAUGGAGCUGUACGACUACGCCCGGGACCUAUUCCAGCAGCGUUAUCAGUACACCCGGCAGCAGGAGCGGCGGCUACAGCGCAUCAAGAACCACAUGCAGCAGAGCCACCUGGGCCUGGGCCUCAACCUGUGGCCCUCGCGCAGCCGCCAGACCUCCGGCUCGUACCCAGAGAACGAUGAGGAGAACCAAAGGGAGCGGAAUGACGAGGAGGAGGCGGGGGGCAGGACGGAGGAGGCGGCAGGUGGCAGCAGCAGCAGCAGCAGCAGCAGCAGUCGACUCCCCACUGAGGACUACAUGAACCAGAUCAUCAACCGCUGGUAGCAGCAGAACUUAUGUAACAUAACAAAGAAACACUAUUUUGCAUUUAAAGUGUCGACAAAAAGACCCCUCCCCCGGUGGUUAACGGUUGCCAUGGCAACCAGGGCCCACCCAUUUAUCUGCACCCGCCU